AUGGGAUUCUGCCCUGCCCAGUUUGUUUACGUUUAUGAUCGAGUAACUGCAUCAAUAAAUCGACUAUUUAAUUACAUGAUUGGUAUAGUGAAUGUGACAGCUUACACUCUCAUGUUUGCCACAUUGUUCAUCAAAGGAUCACUUACCUUCAAACGAAACAACGAAAUACGCAUGACUGUCCAGGCAGCACUAACAUCUGUAUGCGAACUGGCCUUCUUCCUUUAUUGGGAAUAUGGAACGGAAGGUUCACUAUCUUGUCGACGUACUCUGGCCACCUUUACCAUGCUUAUUUACUACGACGUUCUUAUCCUCCCCUAUAUGAUCUUUAAUAAGACAGUCAGAACUGGAAUGAAGAACCUUUUCUACAAACAAAAACUCAGAACAGCGAUUGUGGCCUUCCUUGAUCGGUCAAGAAGUGCACCGCGACAAAGGCAAGGCGUAUGA